AUGACUUUCACUCAGACUCAAUACUUUAUGUCUAUCCUCCAACAUUUUGGCUUUGAUGGUGCAAAGGCUAUCUCCAUGCCUCUAGUAUCUGGUGAUCAACUCUCUACUACAGAUGGUAUUCCCUUAUUUGAUCCCACUCUUUACAGACAAAUGGUUGGGACACUCCAAUAUCUCACCUUAACGCGACUAGACAUUGCUCAUGCUGUCCACUUUGUCUGUGACCGCCGCUCUACGACUAGCUUUGUUGUUUACAUAGGCAACAAUUUACUUUCUUUGGGAGCAAAGAAACAAACAAUUGUUUCUCGCUCAACUGCAAGAGCCGAGUACAGAGCUCAAGCCACCUCAACAGCUGAAUUGAUAUGGUUCAUGCACCUCCUUUCUAAUCUCGACUACACCUACCUGCACCCACCUUGUAUUCUGAUAAUCUCAAUGCUAUCAAUAUAG